AUGCCCGACCACGACACCGAGAGCAUCAGCGCGCGCGAUGACGCCUCCAACGUCGAGGUCGAGAUUGCUGUGGGCAGCGCCGACGUCGAGAUGGAGGGUACUGGAGCGGCGGCCGAGGAGACGCCCUAUGAAAAGGGCCCCGUUGAGGACGCCGAGACAAGCGUCAUCCAAGAGGACCCCGUCGCCGAGACGCGCCCAAGCUUCAUCGAGUACCUCGCGAGCCCCGUUGUGACGCUGCUCGUCGGUCAAACCUCGCAAACGGUCCUGACGGCGCACCAGGCGCUGCUGACCAAGAGCCCGUACUUUCAACAGCUGUGCCAGAGCUUCGUCGACGACGGCAGCCCGCGCUCCAUCGAGCUCCCCGACGAAGACUACAACGCCAUGGGCAGCUUCCUCGAGUUCCUAUACACGGGCGAGUACUUCCCGCGCAAGGUGCCCGGGCAGCGCGUGCUCGAGCACGACCCGAGCGCGCCUGGCGUCGACGACAACGGCGACCACCUGCUGCGCCACGCGCGCAUCUACACGCUCGCCGAGAAGUUCGGCAUGGAGCUCCUCAAGAAACUGGCCUCGUCCAAGAUCCACUGCAUCAACUCAACGGCCCGCGGCGAGCUCGCCUACGCCCGCUACGUUUACUCCCACACCGCACCCGACGACAACUCCGUCCGCGCGCCCAUCGCUAGCUUCUGGGCCGCCCGCUCGCACGCCCUCCGCUCCGAGGCCGAGGUUGAGUUCAAGAGCCUGUGCUUGGAACACCCGCAGUUUGGUUAUGACGUUUUGACUCGUGUUUUGGAUGAUAAGCUCAAGAGAGAGAGAAACGAAAAGAUGCACCCAGCUACGACAGGCAGCGGCCGCAAGCGCUCGAGACUCAGCUCAAGCGCCCAUUAG